AUGGAAGCCCACCGCUCGACCUCCGAGCUGCCAUCACAGACCUCCAGCGGCACCGAGUCGUCGCCCGCCGGCACACAGGCUUCCGGCGCUCUCGCGCCACAGUCCCCGCAGCAGGAGGAGAGUGCCUCCGAGCUGCACGAAUCACCGGUGUGCACGCCUUCUCGAACCGAUUGGCAGCGCAACCAGAAAAAUCGACUCCGCGUGACCUCCCCGCACGUUGCGGCACAUGCCGCCAGCGACGUCUCGUCUGAGAGCGAGGAGCCUGAUGAAAGCAAUGAUGAAGAUUGGAGCACGGCCGAGUCAGCUGAGGAGGAUAGAGAGGUGACGGGGGACAGCGAGGGAAUCGAAGACGAUGAGCAAGCCGAGGAUCAAUUUGAUCGAGGUUGA